UUACGGCGAAGGCACUUAAAGAGCGUGUUACUGUAUUUACCAUAACAGUUGUAAUCUUUUAAGUUCUCAAGAAUAAGAAUUAGGGUAAAAAAAACUACCGUAUAUUCGGUUAAAAGUGAUGGAGUCUUUCGACCGCUUAGGGGUGCAGCUGAUAUCAAUGGGAAACUCUUUGUAAUAUUUUUCUUAUAUUUGUUUCAUUAUAAGGUCAACUUAAUUUUAUCUUAUCCUAGUCAGGUGGUGUUGACAUUGCCAUGACAACUUGUAUUGAGAUACGCCGGCCACUGUUACAGGAAUCAGCCGAUUGCUACUGGCACUUUUUUCCAGGACAAAGACAAAGAAAUCCGUAUCAUGUAAAACUCUCAGCACUGGCUUUCAGUUUGUUGUUGCUAUGGCAGCUAGUUGGAGCAUUUUUGUACAUGGUUCGUGAUGUUGCUUGCUUCCGGGACAAAUCCACUGCAUAUCAGUGCAAAACAGAUGCGGCUUUCCCUUUUUCAGAGGAUGUCACGAUGGUGUGGCUGGCUUCGCUAUGUAUUUUCACCGCUAUCUCUAUAGCUGCCCUUCAGAAUGUUCCGCAGUUCCCCGGUUACAAGGCAAUCUUACAUCGGCUCAAAUACGUUCCUUCAUUUUGGACUUUAAUAAUCCUUUUGACCGUCGCCUUGUUUCGAUAUGUUAAGCUACUAAUUUCUAUCAAAUCUUUGUCAUCUUGGGUCGUAAUUGUUUGCUUGAUGGUAAGUUACAUUCUGAGAACUUUGGUCGUGGGAUUUUUAAAUUACACCAGGUUAAACUCCCUAAAGCAGAAAUAUCCCAUUUACAUUUUUGUUAUAUCUAAACUGACAGUGUUCUUGUUUUUCAUUGUUACCUUUAUCAAUCUCAUGGCUACCCUUUUGGCCCUGAGUGUGGAAAUCCGCGAGAUGCAUAAAACAGAUCGAGCUAAGAACUCGCUCGAUUUGAAUUUGGAUACCGUAAACGAACUGCUGGAGGUCUUUGGUACAACCACUUUUAGAAUUAAGUUAAUGAAAUUCUUUUGGGAAAAGUUUUUCAUCGACGACAGGAACAUUCUUUGUUUCCAUAUACCUUUGGAGUGAGAAAGACAGCGAAAAUCGAGAGAGUUUCAUUCUCGUCCUCAGAGCCACUCGUUUUCGCUUACUCUGAUCACUUGACAAGC